AUGGAGCCGUCGAGCAGUUGGCUUCACCGACUUAACCGUCUCGAUGGUUACGACGCCUCAACGCGAUUGGAGGCACCCAUCACGGCAGAUUCGCGGGCGGUUUGCAGUCCAUGCGAAGGCAUGAAUGUCACGCCUGAGGCAGUCGUUGAUACCAUCAAACCUCGAGCAAGCUCGUAUGCUCAAGCCAGCCGCAAAUGCAUAGACGACGCAAGCGGACGCAGGCUAUUGGAGGAGAGCCAGCCAAUCAAAUCGUCAAAUCGAUCCACCUGCCUGGAGCAGAGACAAGAAACCAGUUACGCCAAGUCUGCGGCUUCGCACAGGCCGGUCCUGAAGCUCAUCUCUGGCGGGACGGCUGGUUGA